AUGUCGUUCUUUGGCUUCGACACCUCGCUUCCCGGCGAAAAGCGUGGUGCAAACCGUACCAACUACUCUUCCCAGGACGCCUUCGAUCCCACCUUUGACAAUGACGAGUCGCUCGACGCCAAGAUCAAAGCGCUCGCCGCUGGCGCUCAGGAGGAUGUAGAGAUCUACACCUGGGGCCAGGACGGCUACGACGGUCUGGGUGACAAGCUCGACGAGUCGGGCGAUGACUUUAAUGAGGACACCUUUGGCGAUGUCGACGUUGGCAAGGACUUCAACUUUGGUCAUGCUCCUGCGCCUGCCCCUCAGCAACAUCAGCAGACCAACUACAGCCAGUAUUCUCAACAGCAGCAGCAGCCAAAGACCAAGUUUGACCCCUCCAACAAGUUUGCUGCCAGUCUCGAUGAUUUCCUCGUCGACCCAGUCCCUCGCUUUGGUGCUGGUCGUGGUGCUCAGCAGCAGACUCCUAUCCCUCAGCCUCCUCAGCAGCAACACCCACACCAACACCAACAGCGUCCUAGUGCUCAGCCAAAGACGCUCGAGGAAGUUGAGGCAGAGAUGCUUGCUAUGCGUGCCAAGCAGCAGCAGCAGCAGCAGCAGCCACCCUCCACCGACAGGAAGCCCAUGACUGUUGAAGAAGUCGAAGCUGAAUUGCGCGCUCGUCGUGCAGCUGGUGGAACUCCCUCUGCGCAGUCUGCUCAGCCUCAGCAGCCCAUGCCGCAUCCGCCUCAGACCAUGGCCCAGCGUAUCGCUCCUCCUCCCGCUGGUCCUCCCGCCGGCAUGCCUCCCAUGGGCCCUGUCCCUCCGCCUCUCGGCCCCAACGCCGACCCUGCCGCCAUCCAGGCAGCUCAACAGCAAGCCCAAGCAGCCCACUUCGCCCGCAUGCGAACACUCCUCGAAGCCAUGCCGCCCCUCGUCCAGCAAUCCAUCCUCUCGCUUCCACCUCCCAUGCAGUUCGACUCGCUCGAGACCGUCGCACAGAACUUCCCCAACCUCCUCGACCCUGCUCAGCGCGAGCGUGCGCCUUCUGCAGAGCAGGAUGCCGUCCGCUUCAUGAUGGAGAAGGCACAGGCGCAGAUGGCCGAUUUUGACCGUCUCGAGGCGAAGCGCAAGCGCAGGAUGGACAAGAUCAACGCGAUGGCAAAGUACAACGGUCUCAUGUCUGGUUCUGAUAAGGACUUUAUCACGCGUAUUCAGAUCUCGCAGCUGAUUACUGCCGAUCCUUACGCCGACGAUUUCUACGCGCACAUCUACUUUGCUCUUCGCGGCGGUCCUCGCAGGCCAGGUUUGCCUCCUCUGCCUGCUCCCGCUGCUGCUGCCGGCAACGGCAACGGCACUGGCGCCGGCACCGGUAAUGCAAACGAGAAGCAGAAGCAGGGCGGCAAGGGCAGCAAGCAGAAGCUCAACAAGCAGCAGAACGCCAUGCUCCGUAUGCAGCAGCAGGUCGAGCGCAUCGUGCAGAGUCGCAAGGAGAGGAUGGAAAAGAGCGCGUCCGGCGCAGCACUCGAGGGCGCUCUCGGUAGGGUCAGCCUCAGCUCCACCAAGAACCCCAGGCAGAUGCUCCAGAUUUCGGCCGACGCUGCCAAGGCCGGUGGUAACAAGGAGCGCACCGCUGGCGAUGCUUCUCCAGAUGCGGGUCAUGCCAGGGAUGCUGUUCGACAGGCGCUUGAAGGUGCCUCGCUCGGUGGCAAUAAUAACGCCGGUCUGCGACGCGAUCCUCUCACCAAGCAUGAGGUGCUGCGUAUUCUCGAAAAGCUCUACGACCUCGUUCUUCAGCUCGAGCAGCUUCGUCGAAACGCACCCCCUGCCCCACCUGCCGAUGUCAACCCAGAGGACGAUGCGGCUAGUGCGGCCAAGGAUGCCUUCGAUGCGCACCAGGCCGAACAGGCCGCCGUCACCAACACGCUGUGGACCGAGCUGCGCGUCCUGGAGCCGCUCGAGAUCUCCGACCCUCAUCCGUUCGUCUCCCUCCUAUCUUCGGCUAAGGGCAAACGACUGUUGCCACGUGCACUGCGUCAUCUGUCGCAGGAGCAGACGCUGACGGCGUUGACCAUGGUGGUGGCGUCGUUCGAGUCGCUCGAUGUGGUGCAGAAGGGUCCGCUGUUGGACGAUCUCAGCGACGAUCCGAGCAAGAUCGAGGCGAGGAGGGAUGCAGAGAGGCAGUCGGAGACGUUUGCUACGACAAUCGUGCCGAGCAUGAUGUCGAUGGCGAGCAGUGCUCCGAUGAGGAUCGUCUCGGGUAUGUUGGCCUUGUUCGUCGAGAGGAACGAUCCGGUGAAAGUGAGUCAGACUAGACCGGGUGUGGCGUUCCUGACGAUCUUCCUGUCCAGAGCGGAGACGCUCAAGCAGCAGGGUGAUGUGGCCGAGGACGAGCUGGAACAGUUCAAACAGAUCUUUGCGCUACUGUUCUCCAGGUUGACCGCCAGAGGUAUGCUCCCCACGCUAUUCCCGAGCACGAGGAGCAAGCAGAGCCUUCCCUUCGGCGUCAGCUACUACAUGGGUAGUGGGUUGGGUCAACAGUUGAGCGCCCAGACGGUAGGUGGAAAGUACAGGAAUGUGGAUCUGGAGGACGAACCGAGUUGGAACCUCAUGGCUGCACUCGCUAUCGGUAGCGACAUGGAGCAGCAGCAGGUCUUGGUCCAGGAGCUGAGGGAUAAGAUCCUGGAGAAUGUUAUUAGUGCCAACGAGUGGGCCAAGAGGAACCCGGGCGCAAGGCAGGAUGAGUUCAACCCGGAUAUCAGGAUUCGCAACGUGAACCUGCUGCUGCAUGCGCUCAAUUUGGAUGCUGCUCAGAUCAGCGUCUAA